ACCUUUGCCGGAAGUUGUUUCUGUCAGUUGCGUAGCAGUGUUGGGAAAAGCUCCGUGGGAAGGUGUGUUCUGGUCCUUCCUCUUCGUUGUUGGGAUUCAGUCCAUUUUGGAGAGUCUCCGAGGCAGCCGUCACCAUGUCGGUCCCAAGCGCACUCAUGAAGCAGCCGCCCAUUCAAUCUACGGCUGGGGCCGUCCCAGUUCGCAACGAGAAAGGUGAGAUUUCAAUGGAAAAGGUGAAGGUAAAACGCUAUGUGUCCGGAAAGAGACCAGAUUAUGCCCCUAUGGAGUCCUCAGAUGAAGAGGAUGAAGAAUUUCAGUUCAUUAAGAAAGCUAAGGAACAAGAAGCAGAGCCUGAGGAACAGGAGGAGGAUUCAUCCAGUGACCCCCGACUUCGGCGUUUACAGAACCGCAUUAGUGAAGAUGUGGAAGAGAGAUUGGCUCGACACAGAAAAAUAGUGGAACCAGAAGUAGUAGGAGAAAGUGACUCCGAAGUAGAAGGAGAUGCCUGGCGAGUGGAACGAGAAGAUAGCAGUGAGGAAGAGGAGGAAGAAAUUGACGAUGAAGAAAUAGAGCGGCGCCGUGGCAUGAUGCGUCAGCGAGCACAGGAGAGAAAAAAUGAAGAGAUGGAAGUCAUGGAGGUGGAAGAUGAAGGACGCUCUGGGGAAGAGUCUGAGUCAGAGUCUGAGUAUGAGGAGUACACAGACAGUGAAGAUGAAAUGGAGCCUCGACUUAAGCCUGUCUUCAUUCGAAAGAAGGAUCGUGUGACAGUUCAAGAGAGAGAAGCUGAAGCAUUGAAACAGAAGGAGCUGGAACAAGAAGCAAAGCGCAUGGCUGAGGAGCGGCGGAAGUACACACUCAAGAUUGUAGAAGAAGAGACCAAGAAAGAGCUGGAGGAGAACAAGCGGUCCCUUGCCGCCCUGGAUGCACUCAAUACUGAUGAUGAGAAUGAUGAGGAGGAGUAUGAGGCCUGGAAAGUCCGUGAGCUCAAAAGAAUCAAGCGGGAGAGAGAAGACCGAGAAGCGCUUGAAAAGGAGAAAGCAGAAAUUGAACGCAUGAGAAACCUGACUGAGGAAGAAAGGCGGGCUGAACUUCGGGCAAAUGGCAAAGUCAUUACCAACAAAGCUGUUAAAGGCAAAUACAAGUUUCUACAGAAGUAUUAUCACCGAGGUGCCUUCUUCAUGGAUGAGGAUGAAGAAGUCUACAAGAGAGAUUUUAGUGCACCUACUCUGGAGGACCAUUUCAACAAAACCAUUCUUCCAAAAGUCAUGCAGGUCAAGAAUUUUGGACGGUCUGGUCGCACCAAGUACACCCACCUUGUGGAUCAAGAUACCACUUCCUUUGACUCUGCGUGGGGCCAAGAGAGUGCCCAGAACACAAAAUUCUUUAAGCAGAAGGCAGCAGGGGUACGAGAUGUAUUUGAGCGACCAUCUGCCAAGAAGAGGAAAACCACCUAGGCUUCAGCUGCUUAUUCCAACUGUGGGACCCUAGAGGAUCUGGUCCUCAAUCUUCUUGAACCAUUAUUUACAUAGUUCUUGUAUAGAGCUUUCCAGACUUGCAGCCAUAACUUGUGUUGGAAGGUGCUUUGUAAGAGGUUUGGACUCACACUGAGAAACCCACAGAAAAGCACACAGGUAGGGUUAGAGGCUUCCCACCUAAAACUAUUCCUGAGAAAUCUUAGGUUUCUCUACCUUGGCUUCCCAUAUUGACUUGGGACUUAUUCGGAGUUUGUUUUCCAGCCUGGAUCAGAUACCUGGACAUGUGAAUGCAUGGGGCAUUACUUCUUCCUUAGGGUAGCAGUCGGCUAUCAGGAAAUCCAAGCUCAGUUCAACCUGUUUUUGCAUUUGGGGUGUUGAAUCUACAGUUCUAAGUAAAUAUACUUUUUGAUUGUGUGUGUGUGUGUGUGUGUGUGUGUGUGUGUGUGUGUGUGUGUGUGUGAGAAAUUACAUACCAGAAAUAUUUUUACUGUAAUGUUAGAAACAGAUUGUACGCAGAGUGGUGGUGGCGCACGCCUUUAGUCCCAGCACUUGGGAGGCAGAGGCAGGCGGAUUUCUGAGUUCGAGGCUAGCCUGGUCUACAGAGUGAGUUCCAGGAUAGCCAGGGCUAUACAGAGAAACCCUGUCUCAAAAAACCAAAAAAAAAAAAAAAAAAGAAAGAAAGAAAAGAAAAAAAAGAAACAGAUUGUACAACUGAACUGGGGCUGAGUACAGUGGCUUACACCUUCAGUCCCAGCACUAAAAGUUAAGGACCCAUGCAGAUCUCUUAUUCAAGGACAGCCAUAACUGCACAGUUGACCCUGUCUCAAAAAGCAAAAUGAAUUCUAGUAAUUAAAAGUCUAGCUAGGUAGGUUAUACACACCUGUAAUCCUGACACUUGGGAUGUAGAAGCAGGAAAAUCAACAGUUCAGUCAUCCAAACUGGACAUGGUGGCACACACCUUUAAUCCCAGCACCAGGGAGGCAGAGACAGGCAGAUCUGAGUUUAAGGCCAGCCUGUUCUACAGAGCAAGAUCUGGGACAGCCAGGGCUACACAGAGAAACCUAGACUCAAAAAAAUAAAAGAGUUCAGUCAUCUUAAACUACAUAGUUCAGGGCCUUCCUUGACUAUAAGACUUUGUUCCAAGGGAAAACAAAAGAAACUAACAAAAACAAUAAAUAAAAUAUAGCAGGGAAAUAGACCCUGUAAACACUU